AUGUUCAGCAGGAGCAGAAGCCUUCACAACGGCUCACCCGACGGCCUCGGCCUCGACGUCCUCUUCCCCCGCACCGGCACGAGCGACGAAGACGCGAUGGUGGACAUCGUCUUCGUGCACGGACUGGGUGGGUCGAGGUACGGCACGUGGACGAAAGACGGCGUCCUGUGGGGGCGGACGGUACUCGCGCUGGACUUUCCGACGGCGAGGAUCUUGGGCGGGAGUUGGGCCUGGGGCUACGAUACAGAUGUCGUUCGGUUCUUCGGGCCGGUGGGACGGUCUAACGUGCAGGAUCUUGCGAAAGAUCUGAAUCGGGAUCUUGUGCAGGAGCGGUUUGAGGAGUAUCAGAUUUCUAGGCCGAUAAUCUUUGUUUCUCACAGCUUGGGAGGCUUGGUUGUUAAAGAUGCCCUGUUUAUGUCAUACCGCGAAGGAGUCAAGGAAGCUCGUGAAAGCGUCGAUAAGCGCCUUGCUGCAAUAAAAUCUUCCACAAAGGGUGUGCUAUUCGCAGGAACACCUCAUCGGGGUGCGGACAAGGCAAAAUGGGCAGCCACUGCUACCACCCUGGCGUGGUAUCUACAAAAGGAUCAUUCUAAAGAGGUCCUUAACACUCUGAAGCGAGGAUCCGAGGUUCUCGAAAGACUGCAAGACAGUUUCAGGGAUAUCCUGGAGCACUUCGGCGUAUACACAUUCGUCGAAGACGUCGGAUAUCCGAAAGUUGGCAGGAUCGUGGAAAAAGACUCUGCGAUCAUCGGCUGGCAUGAAAAGGAGUACCACAUGCAUGCAAACCAUUGCGAUAUGGUCAAGUUUGCCAGCGAUAAGGAAAACGACUACAAGAAGGUCAAAUUUACUAUUCGAGAGAUCAUAAAGGACCGCAUCGAGGGAGGGCGUACAGAAGCAAACGGUAUACUCACCGUUGCCGCCCCUGGAGGCGAUGCAGUUACUCCGGAUUAA